GAAAAGACGACGUUUGUCCGAAUUUCGUAAAAUUUCCCUCUCUUUCACUCCCUGUCUCACGCAUCAGCCAGGGGCCAGCCCAGGCGCCAACUCUAUACCAACUGCUUCUCCAGAACUUCAAAAUUUCGAAUUCGAUGAUAAUGAUGAUCUUCUUCUCCUUGCAUUGAUCGAAGUUCAUAGAAAAUUGAGAUGGCUUCGAUGAAGAAUUAUAGUAGGAGUAAUAGUAGUAAUAGUUAUGACUACUCGUUCAAGAUUUUGUUAAUAGGUGAUUCAGGUGUUGGCAAAAGCAGUCUGGUGCUCAGUUUUAUUUCGCAACAGUAUCUGCAAGAUCUCUCCCCCACCAUUGGUGUAGAUUUCAAGAUAAAGCUGCUGACGUUUGGAGGGAAGCGAAUGAAACUAACCAUAUGGGAUACAGCUGGACAGGAGAGAUUUGGAACAUUAACAAGCUCAUACUAUAGAGGGGCACAUGGAAUUAUACUUGUUUAUGAUGUAACAAGGCGAGAGACUUUCACAAACUUAUCAGAAAUUUGGGCAAAGGAAGUAGAGCUUUACUCCACAAAUCAUGAUUGUAUCAGGAUCUUAGUCGGGAACAAAGUCGAUAGGGUGAGUUACAUGCCUACCCUUUUUAACAUAUUCAGAUUCUACCAAAAACUGCUCUAUUACUUGCAGAUACUUGAGGCUCCUAGUUUAUUGGAGAAAGGAUCUACAGCUGUGAAGAAGCAGAUUUUAGAAAAUAAGCAGCUUUACCAGGCUGAAAGUAGAAGUAAUUGUUGUUCUUAAAAUGAUUAUGGGUGGAAAAGUAAAAUGUAGACACUCGCAUCCCUUUUGGCGUUGUUAGCAUUGGAAGGCAAGAAGAGUGUGCCAGUGGUGUUGUUUGUAAAGCAAGAUGAGGUUCAUUUAUAGCAUAUAGUGUUUGUAAAUUUGACUUUUUUUUUAUUCAUCAAGUUUUAAUUACCUAGCAGGUUUUUUGGAAGGAUAAAAUUUGUCAUGUAACUCGAGCGGAAGCUAAACACAGCAUUGUUCAUAUACAAGUACGUGAUGAAUUGAUCAUCAUGGCUUGUACAAAA